AUCCAUUAACUUUCUACUACCCGUCCCUAAUCCUUUAUAUAUGCUGCUCCAAACAGUGAGUGAAAAGCCGCCGAAUUUAACACUCCCUCCCCCCAAAAAACAAUUCUACGAAUCCCUCAAAUUCCCCUCUACUGUCGCGUCUCCGGCGAAAUUCUCAGGGUUGGUGAGAUAGAAUGGAAUCAAGGACUAGGAAGAGGUCAUCGCUGAACAAAAAUGAAGACUGGAUCAGCACGCUACCAAAUGUACUUCUCCAUCGCAUUUUAUCUUUUGUGGACGCAGUGCAAGUUGUUCAAACCUGUGUUUUGUCCAAAAGAUGGAUGAAUGUGUGGAAAUCUCAUCCCUAUCUCGACUUCAAUUUUGAGACAUUUUCAUCCUUAAUAAAUUCAGAUUAUUACGAGGAUGAGAUGGUCAAUUUCACUGAUUUUAUCAAUCAAGUUUUAGUACGUCGCAAUAACUUUAAGGCUAUUAAGAUUUCCCUGGAUUUAUGUGGUCAUACUCGGUACAGUUUGGUAGAAUCUUUGAUAUAUUAUGCAGUUAAACAUCAUGCGGAAGAGAUAUGUAUAGAUACUGCUUGUCGCGAUGUGCCAAUUGUGUUGCCUCGUUGUUUCUUUAACUGUGAAUCAUUGAGAAGCCUAAAAUUGAGAAUUGAUGGUGGCAUAGCUUUGCCAAAAUCAUUGGGGUUGCCAUCUUUGAAGACAUUGCAUCUUGGAGGGGCUCAGAAUUUUGAUGGGAAUAUUUUCUCAAGUUGCCUGAAUCUUGAAAAUCUGACAAUUGAAGAUAUAUGCUUAAACACAAUUGAAAAUUUCAAUAUUCAUGCUCUUAAUCUGAAAAGCUUGGAAAUUUUGAAUUGGAGAUAUAGUAGAAUUAUGCGUGGGUGCAAGGUUAUGUUAUUUGCUCCAAAGCUUACCAGUUUCAAGUUUGAUGGGAACACUCCUUUAUUUUGGUCUGAAGUGAAUCUUACCUCCUUAGAUGAUGUAAAUGUAGUCUUGCAGAGAUACUAUUACAGACAUGACUAUCAAUUCUAUGUAGAUGAAGAUGAAUACAUUUCAGGUGAAGAUGAAACCAAGCAGGGGUUUUGUCUGGAUCUUCUCAAGAUGCUUCAUCAGUUCUGCAGUGCAAAAUCUUUGACACUAUCCAUGAAUAUCAUCGAGGUUCUCUCCAAGGUUCCGGCUGCUCUAAAUAAACAUCCUUCUCCAUUUUCCAAUUUGAAGUAUCUGAAGUUGAAAACCGACCACAAGGAUGUCACUCUACCUGCCCAUGUCUUGAAUUACUUUCUUAGUAGCUCUUCUUUGCUGAAAGUAUGCUUCUAAUAUUUUGCAAGGGCACAAACCGACAAAGCUCUGAAGCUAUUUGAAGGCAAUUCUUUCCAUUACCAUACGCUUGUGAAUGUCUUUCAAGUGCUUAGGCACUCCUUUGAGGCUUGUAAUCUUCAUGCGAAUCGUGGCUUGAUCCUUGUAGCCUACAGCAAUACCAUAUACGAUGUUCUUUUUCCUGCAAACAUUGCAAGGUUAAUCUAAUAUAUGAGUAGCUCUGAUUGAACUCA